GUCGCGCACGAAGAAGCGAGACGUCAUAAAAAUCAGCCACAAGAAAAAAACAAACCAAAUGGUGGCGGGUGCGAGCUGAAACUAAAAUUAUUUUAUUCGUCGCGUUUUCGAUUCUAAUUUCGAGUAAAUUGCGCUUAAUCGUAGUGUUUAACCGUUCAGCAAGUGACGGGUGAUGGAGUGUUAACGAAGUAGAAGCUGGAAGUGGCUCAAUCCUGAAACGCAUUUUGUGGAAAGGGGAAAAAAUCAUUGACGGAACUCCUCGGCGGAGAUUGUGUAGGGGCAGGGUGGCGGAUGCGGUCUUGGCAAAUAAAAAUAAAGCAAAGAAGAGAGCAAAAUAGUCGGACGUCGAGAAAAAAUCGCCUAAUAAUUGUUGCUCGCCAAUUGGCACACACAAUAUGGCACAGGAAAAGAAGCACUAGCGGGCCCCGAACAGUGCAAAACUUCCGGGAGACCUCCGGGAAGAUUCCCCGUGCAAGUGACGAGACGACGUGGUGAACGAGUGUGUGUGCGUGUCGGUGUCGGUGGGUGUGUUUCUGGUGGAGGCAAGGAAAAUCCACGAAGAAAUUAGAGCACAUCACAUCAUCAUCUUCGUCGAGUAGUGUGGUGUCUGGCUGGGUUGGCCUGUCGAGGUGGGGCCCGUCAGAGAAGGGCGGAGGUUGUAGAAAAACGGGAUAAUACAUCAUCGGGAAAACCUGCAUUUGUCCCUAAUUCUUUAAAAGAUUAAAAAAAAAAAAAUAGUGAAGAAAGUGUUCGUUAGUUGAAAGGAAGAAAACACGACUUCUGGAGCGGAUUCUGGAAGAAAGUGCGAAGGACCAGGUUUUUCGAAGAGCUAAGAAGAGCCAUGGCUGACCAAAACGAAAAGAUCCUGCACAGGCUGCUGGCCAUCGACGGGAAUAAUGAAUGUGCCGAUUGUGCAGCGAAACAUCCCGAGUGGGCCUCGUACAAUAUUGGAAUAUUUCUGUGCACGCGAUGCUGCGCCGUCCACCGGAAUAUGGGCGCUCACAUUUCCAAGGUGAAGCACCUGAAGCUGGACAAGUGGGAAGACAGCCAGCUGGAGCGGAUGAUCGAGGUCGGAAACAAGGCGUCGAAGCUCAAGUACGAGCAGCGCGUUCCGGCCUGCUACCGGCGCCCGCGCGAGAAUGAUCCACAAAUCCUGACCGAGCAGUGGAUCCGCGCCAAGUACGAGCGGCUCGAGUUCUGCAUGAACGAGCGGCCGGCGUACACCUCCGGCCACAUGGAGGGCUUCCUGAUGAAGCGCGGCAAGGAGGACAGCCGCUACCAGCUGCGCAAGUUCGUCCUGUCCGAGGCGGACGACACGCUGCGGUACUUUGUGAAAGAAAAGCGCGAACCAAAGGCAAUCCUAAGAAUAUCGGAGCUGAACGUGGUGUACGCCCCGGCCAAGAUCGGCAACCCGAACUCGCUGCAGCUGACGUUCAUGAAGGACGGCACGACGCGGCACAUCUACGUGUACCACGACGACCCGAAGGAGAUCAAUAACUGGUACAUGGCGAUACGGUGUGCCAAGCUGCACCGGCUGCAGAUUGCGUUUCCCAGCGCUUCCGAGAGUGACCUGGUGGACUACCUGACGCACGAUUUUGCCCGCGAAGGUUGGCUGCUGAAGACCGGCCCGAGGACGACCGACAGUUACAAGCGGCGGUGGUUCACGCUGGACGAUCGGAAGCUCAUGUACCACGACGACCCGCUGGACGCGAAUCCGAAGGGGGAGAUCUUCCUGGGGAAUCAGCUGGACGGGUACAGCAUCCGGAUAGGGGCUCCGGUCGGCGCCAAGGAUCAGGGCUUCAGUUUUACGCUGUUUACGCCCGAACGGACGUACAAUCUGUCGUCGCACAGCGAGAAGGACCGCGACGAGUGGAUGGCGGUCAUUCAGAAGGUGUUGGAGCGACCCCUGAGCCCGCAGGAUAGUUCGAUAUCUGCACGCCUCAUCCGCAAACGUGGCGGGACCAACUCGAUCAACAUCUUCACCGGCAGGUAAUGAACACAAAUUCCCAAACAAACACACACACGCUCAUAUCUGAGUUCGAGAUACUAGCAAUAGUCCGAAAUGGGGGAGAACUGUUCUGCUCUGGUCAUCACACAAACACACACACACACGAAUUGUGCGUGCGCGUGGCGCGCGCCUUAUUUAUAAUCUUUACACAAUUAAAAAGCAACACCUAAAUACGAACACAUGAACCGGACUCUAGUAAUUAGUACUAAGCUAGCGAAUAAUUGCAAAAUGCACUUGAGAGUUUGCAAAAGUCUUUUUUUGUUAGUAUCCCGUUUGUUUUAGCUCUUAAGUUUAAUUUAUUGAUCGGGUCAACCCGAUCGGCGCGAUUCUAUUAUGUGUGUGUAAUUAAUGACCAACAAACAAAACCAUCAGGGGGAAAACGUGAUCGCAUAGCCAAAUAUCUCAAUCUCUGUUCUCCCACAAGAAGAAGAAGA